AGAUUAGGUUGAUGGCUGAUGGCUUGGCUUGGUCUGUGGUUUUUCCCAUAUUCCUAUUUUCGAUUUUCGAGAUUCGAGAGUGAGUCGUUGAGUUGUAUUGUGUGUUGUGUGUUUUAUGUUUAUAUUGUUUUAUGAGCUGAUAAGCAGAUAAGUAUUAAGAUAAGAGUCUACAAGUUGUUACAGACACGUUUUUGACACUAUGUCUUGGUUGGAGUAUCCCGAGAAACUUUUUGCAUCGAAUGAAAAAAAUCAACAACACUCCAAUGCCACUGAAAAUAUACAAACGUCUGUGGUUUUGGCAAAUGCAUUAAAAAGCGACGAUAAAAACAACAGUGGAACAGAUCACGGUACCAUUUUGAAAAAGAGAAAACCUGGCAAGAUAGAAAACGAGGAUACAAACAACAGUGGAGCAAUUAAUGGUAGCGUUCUUUCCGCAAAAGAUCCAACGAAUCAGUUGGAAUCAAAAGGAAAUACUUCAUCUAAGGGUAAACCUAAAAAUGCUAAGAAACAAAAAAAGCGUAAAAAAAACAGUCAGACAAUGAGUACUAGCGUUUCUUGCGUGAAGGAUCCGACAAAUCCGUUGGAAUCAAAAGAAAAUAGUUUGUCUGGUGGUAAACCAGAGGAGGUAAAUUUGGCUGCGGAUAACAGUAUUAUAUUGAAAAAAGAACAAAGCAACAUUAAAGUAAACGCGGAGAAAAACAACAGUGGAACAAUAAUUAAAGGUAGCUUUGGUUUCGUAAAAGAUUUAAUGAAUGCGUUAGAACCAAAUAAAAAUACUUCAUCUGAUAGUAAACAUAAAGAGGUAAACUUGUCUACAGGAAAAACUAGUAAGAAAGAAAAAAAGGGUAAAAACAGCAGUCAAAGAAUGAAUACUAGCGUUUCUUGCGUAAGGGAUCCGACAAAUCCGUUGGAAUCAAAAGAAAACAUUUCGUCUGGUAGUAAACCUGAGGAGGUUAAUUUGCCUACGGGAAACAAUAGUAUAUUAAAAGAAGAAAAAACCGACAAUAUCAACAGCCAAACGAUUAAUCGCUUGAAAAUUUCCAAAAAACCAAUAGAAGAUCUUGAUUUGUCUUGGGUGAACAAUCCAAAAAAACUGUUUGAAACUGAAGAAGGUGACUCUUGUAGUAACAUUAAAACGAAAUCGAACGCCAAGAAUGAGAAGACUUCUCUUCCAAAAAAUACUUCACAUAAAGCGGCUAAAAAUAAUCUUUUGAAUUUGGAUAUUGUAGAACAAGUAAUUAAGAAGAUAAAAUCUAACAAGGAAUUUAAAAGUCUGUUAGAAAUUGUUUUAAAUAUAAUUUCAAACAAAAAUGUUGGAAAUCGCAAAAUCAACAUUGAUCUGUUUGAGCUCUUUCUCGAAAAUUAUAAAUAUGCUAAUCCAAAUUAUAUGAAGAAAGUUAAAACUACUCUGACGUACUGUGAGUUACAUAUACCAAUAGCUCCAUAUUUCGUGGAUGAAAACGAUGUUGAAAUAUAUUGGGACACAGACAUAAAUUACUUUGGAGAAACAAAGAUAAUGAAGGGAGUAAUUUCCAAAAAUAAUGUUAAACGAGGAGCGGUUGUUAAGGUUAAUCCGUGGAAUUAUAAAUAUAUACAAAAUGAAGCUGCCGUGCUGGCUCAUCUUAAGCAUACCAACAUAAUAGAGUUAUUGGGUUAUGACCCAAAGAAUAAAGUAAUUAUGUUAGACUAUCUGAAAUUUGCUGAAUUAGCAGAAGGAUUAAAUGAGAAGCUAGUUGAUUUAAGCAUAAAAAAUGUAAAAAAAAUUUUAAUCGACCUAACAACCGGUAUGGACUAUGUACAUUCUAAGAAAAUUCUACAUAGAGAUUUACAAAGGAUGCCUUUUCUCUACAACGAUAAGAACGAAUAUAAAAUAGGAGGGUUUCGUAAAGCUGUUUAUGUGGGUAAUUCCAAUGAAGAAUCUCACUCGUCGGUGUCGGUUCCGUUCUGUGAAUUUGCUCCAGAAUGGCGUGAAACGUACACAUACACAACGGAAACGUAUAAUGAACCAGAAACAUACACGUACACAUACAAAACUGAUGUUUGGGCUAUGGGAUCGUGUUUUAAAGUUAUAUUGGACAAACGGAUGGAAACGUUAUGUGAAGAUGACAUCACGAAACGGUUGCAGCUAUUUGUAACUGACUUUAUGCUCGCUGUCCAUCCAGGAUCCAGGAAACAUUUUACUGAAGUAAAAGCAUUUAUUCAAAACAUGGAAGUUUAAACCAUUUUUUUUAUGUCGUACAUAUUAAUACUUAGGUACUAUAAUAAAGCUUUAUAAUAUUA